CUUUAGUCGAGGCUUAGCGCCCGAAGAAGAAACAUUCGUUCGAAAGCAAAAGAACGGAGCCCAACCGCGCGUUAACACACAUAUAAAAACCAGAGAGCUCACACACAAUUGAGCAACAAGAACAACAAGAAGAAAAACAGUCCCAUUGCAGAAGGGACAGAAAGAGACGGAAUCUCGCGGGCGAGACAAGAGAAAAGAACGCGAGUACGAGAGUCGGGACGGAGGAAGGAAGAAGAAGAAGAAGCAGCACGAGGAGAAGGAAGACAGUAACAGAGAUUUCAGUGUUAUUCAUUUCGGGAAGAGGCAAGGCUCGCGCAAACAAGAGAAAGAGCGUGAACCGACAAGAGCUCGCACGGAGUCUGAGACUUGGACUUGGAUUUUGUGGGAAGAAGAGUGUCAGCCGCGGGUCGUCGAGCACCGUGUGUCUGCGUGCGUGCGUGUGUGUACAUGUCCGCGCAAAGAGGGACGAAAAUCGAUAUUAUGUGAAUGUGUCAAAAUCAGGUCACUCUGGAUUUAAAGCGUACACGGCAGUAGUGGGAUUGGUCUUUAAGCGAGACACGAUCUGACGGUGUUGGCGAAUUAUAAGCAAGACAAAAGUGAGCACCCGUGACACACUGUUGAACAAUAAACCUUUUUCUGUGAAGACUGAGCUGCGGAACAAACGUACGUUACGUGGCAAGAAGUGGAGAUUUGGAGGAGCAGUCAGUCUUAUCUCAACUUCAUCGUACCGGACGCAGUAGCAGCAGCACCCUUUAUUUUCACCGAAGACUGAGUUACUGCAGCCAAUUACACCUACCGUCGGAGAAACGUUGCGGAUAGCCGGAGCAGCUCCGAGAUUGUUGGAUUAAUGUUCCUGAUAAGUGUUUAAGGAAAAUUCAGUUGAAGCAAGCCACUAGUGAUUUGAAGCAAAGAAAAUUUAAGCAUAUCGAUUGAAAUAUAGUAAAAAAAAAGUGUUUGGUGCCAAAUGUACGGUUGAAGAGGGUGUUGUGCAAAGUUAUACACACACCCCACAGAAAAGUUGAUUCCAAUGAAAAGUGUUUGAAGUGCAAACAGUUCGUGUCGUUCACCCGUCGCGACUGUGGUCCUAGUACCACAUCGGGGUUUAACGUUGGAGUGGCAUAAAAUCAAUACCACCGGCAGUAGCAGAAUGGCGAUGGCAGCGUGCUACCCGAACUACGACUUGUCGGCUUCGUCCGGCAUGUCGCAGCACUCGCACCAGCACCAGCAGCAGCAGUCCCAGCUGCACCAUCUAGCCGUUUCGUCGCGGCUGGCUGGUGCAAGUGUCCAGAUGGCCGCCCAGAAGGACUACAGCGUACCGCUGCACGUGGACUGUAGUGUGGAGUACGAGUUACCGAAUCAGGCCAAACCUCCGGUGGGAGCGCGCGUUGAACCGCUGCUGAUGAUACACCCGUGCUACUUCCGCAAGAUGGAGUGCCAGAGGCGAAGUCCUUUCAUAAACAAUAUGCCAAAUUCAACCCGUAGUUCUAAUUCAAUUGUUGCCAACGUCGUUGACCGGCGCAGCUCAAAGGCUAGUUCCCAGCAGCAGCAACAGCAACAGCAGGUACAACAGCAGCACGCUGUUGUGUCCAGUCAUCAGAGCAGCGGUAGCAUGCACCAUCAUCAGAAUCUGCAGCAGCAGAUUGAUGAGUACGUGCAACGCCAGAUGGCUCAAAGGUCACAACAGGCACACUACCCUGGGGCUAGUCAGCAGCAGCAACAUCAACAGUCACAACUUCAAUCUCAACACCAUCGCCAUCAUUCGCAUCAAUCACAGCCUCAACAGCAGCAGCAGCAGCAACUCCAUCAGCAGCAGCAGCAGCAACAAUCCACCAAUCAGUACGGCAUGCAAAGUCAGCAACAGCAACUAGCAAAUACCUCAGACUGGAGCCGUUACAUGGUCCCCGACGGGGUAGUCCGAAGUUACGGAAAAGUCAACCUAGCCAAUCAAACUGCCUAUAGCAACAGUAACAACUCGAGCAGCACGAGCAGCAGCAGCAGCAAGUCAAAAGUCAAGCGUAGUAAUACGGGUAUGUCACAGAUGGCCGGCGCUGGUCAGCACCAGCCGCAGCAGAACAUGAUGCCGGUGGCGGGCAGCUGUGCCGCGUUCAACAGUGGCAGCAGUUUGGAGGGUGGCCUUCCAUCCGGUUCCCGGUGGGACAUCGAAAAGACUUCAAUGGCCGCGGUGCCGCGUGAUUUCCAGGCGGGUCCCGAAUCGUUACCGAUCAAAUCGAAUGCUAGUCUACUGGCCAACAAUGGUGGAGCCAACAAUAACAACAACAAUGGAUCCCAAACGGCCAUCAGCAGUAAUCAUACUAACAACAACUAUCAACCGUCGGCAGCGAUGUACCGGAACCCGUCGGUGGUUGGCAAACGAGACGCUAUGCUUUCCGGAGGCUGUGGUGUAUAUAGUAAUAGUAGCAACAACAAUAACAUUAGGAACAAUAACAACACUGAGCUGACGGCGGCCGCGGUCGCAGCUGCCGGUGUCAGUGGACUAUGGGACUCGUCAGCCCUGCUGGAGAAGAGCCCAAUGGCUGCGAUACCACGUGACUACCAGGCAGGACCCGAGCACAUGGCGUGCAGUAAGAUGGCGGCCGCUUCCGGUGCUCACUCGCUGAUGCGGACCAGCAGUUCCAGCAGCAACGCCAGCAGCGGUUACCAUUCGACGUCGGCAUCGGACAAGUCGGCGGCGGCGGCUGCGGCCCUGUUCGCUGGCAAGUACCGGUCCCACCAGCGCGCCUCCCAUCGGCUGCACCCGUACAUGAUGACCAGCUCGAUGGGUGCCUCGUUCCCGCCGCUCAUGACUCCGGCAUUCCCGCAGAUGCAGCAAGUGUCGUGUUAUAACGUGUGAUUUUAAUGCAAAGGGCAAAGAGAGAAAACAGAGAAUGAUGAAAGUUAAUCGAAAAUAUGGCAGAUGGCAAGUGGAGGAAGUGAAGGCAUAAUUUAUUAAUGAUUAAUCAUCGCUAUAAUCUCUUUGUUUGUGUCUUAUAACCGACGAAGAAAACCCGGAAGGCAACAAGUAUAAAAGUAUAAUCGAGCAACUUUUUUCGUUGCAUUUAAAUGUGAUAGUAGAUUUACUCCAAGCAACUUCGAAAGAUAGUAAAAAAAUAAUUACAAAAUAGGAUAAAAGUUAAGAAAACAACAACAAAAAAUAUCGCUGUAUAUAAAAAUAUGUGUUCCAAAGAAAGUCAUGCGCGAAAAUCGUAGUGAAAAAAGCAAGAUAACAGCAUCAGAAGCAAAGCGAAAUGUUAGCGGAAAAGCCGUCGGAACGGGCGGAACGAAGCUGAAGAGAACAAAGCCAGAAGAUGUGAAGCAAAGUCAAAUCCGUGGAAGACGAAGCAAAAGUUUGUGCAGUGUAUAACAAUCCUGCCGGAAGUUACGAAGAAGAUUGAAGAUGAUGUGAAGCACUCCAGAAGCAAAGAAGAGCAAAGUGUCGCCGGAAACUGGAUCAAGUCGCCAUUUUGGAUUACCGUCGUUACCGUCGUCGUCUCAUCAGUCAUCAAACCUCACGCAAGAUUUGCACCAGCGGUGACUUGAAGGCGAGAGACGUGGCAGGCGCGUGGGAGAGACAUGCCAAGCCACAUGCCACUUCGCGCCCUCAUCAAUAUUCAUCAGCUUUCUUAACAUCAUCGCGCGGAGUCUCAUCUUCAUCGUCAACGUAGUUGUCGUCGUUGUCUCAGCUGGUGGGAUUCCGCUGGGGAACGCUCGCAGGUUGCAGCAUCUUCAAAGCGGAUAUUCCAAGCAGCAGCAAACUUUUCGCAAUCGUUUUCCUGGGAUUAAUUGGAUUUAUCCUUCGGCUAGUUCCUCUUCAUCUUCAAACUCUCAUCUCCUCGCUAAUACACACAUACACUUACACACAACCACACAAAGUCACUGGAAGUACAUUCACACAAAUACAUUUACACAAACCAAGCAUUAAAACUCACAACGCAGCCCUCUUCCUAACUACUAAAAAUAUGCAAACAAAUGAGGGAUUAGAACUGAUUUCCGGAGAGUAAUGUAAGAACAUAAGUAACAAACCAAGAAACCCCUACGCUACACAACAAACCUUUACGAAGCUCGCCCUCGAACUCUAUUGUUACGUUUGAUUUUUUUUUUAUUAGACACACUUUUCUUUUUAGUUUUUUUUCUCUAAUAUUGUCUGAUUGUCAGUUUAAUUGGUUUUCUUCUUUUAUUUUCUUUGUUUACUGUAGUCACUGAUUUUUUUUUUUAUAAAAUCUUUCGAACAUUGUCUGGAAAAGCCCCUCUCUAUGUUACUACUCGUAGUCGCGAGAUUAUCUGAAAUCCUUUCUCAGUGAAUCACGUCCGUACAAGAUUUGUCUAUUGUCUAAGAUUUUUGUUUUAUGUUUUGUUCGGCGAUCGGCAUCGAUUGCUGCGCGUAUAGUUUUGGAUUUUCUUUAGAUCGAUUUUCUUUAAGAUCUUUUCUUUUCCUGUCAGAAGCAAUGGAAUGAGAACCCUUUGUUGCAUGCUUUAAACAAAUAUCGAAAAACAUAGCAAAACAAGUCGUUGGAAAUAUUAUGCAAAAAAUGUAUUAAAAAUUAUACCAAAAGUAACCGAAACAAAAAAAACAUACAAAA